AUGCACACUGAAAGCAACCAGGAAUUCAGGACUCACGCGCCUGUCCUGUCAGAGUCAGGCUCCCUCAACAUGUCUCUGGGCAUCCUGGGCAUCUUCGGAGGUUCUCUUCUGCUUUUGGUGAAUAACUAUGCCGGCUCCCCUGAAAGCGACUUCAUCCCCCACACUGCACUGGGGAUUUUGCUCCUUUUCGUUGCAGCGAUCUUAGCUUAUGCAGGUACCAGCCAUGGUCAGCCCCAUGCCCGGCUGUUUUCCACUCUUUGUCUGACUAUUUCUGCACUGUGGUGCGGCUCAGGUCUGGUGUAUGUCCUGGUUGGACAGGAGGUCCUGCAGCUGACAGAGAUGAGAUCUUCUCUGGUUCCUGGCCUCGCAGCUUUCACCUUAGCGCUGUUCAUCCUCGGCAUUGUGGCACUCGUAGCAAAGACGGCUGUGCUGUGUCUUAUAGCUGUGGGCAUAUCCUUGGCCUGUGCCCAUCAAAUCGCUGGUCUGUCGGCUCUGAGCUUUGGCCAGUCUGCAGCUGCUGCCAGCUACCUUCUUGUCUCUCUGGUGUGUGUUUACUUUGGCGUAGGACACCUGAUUUCCGUGAUCACUGCUGGUAAAGUGGAGCCUCCAGGAACAAAUUUGAAGACAAAAGCUGAGAUGAAACCCGAGCAGAGCCGGGGAUGUGACGAUGCCUUUUCAGUAGGUUUGGUGAUGAACUUAUUGUCUGCGUCUGUAUUAGCUUGUCCCCUUUUAAGUGUGGUCCCUCGGCUGUCUGUUGGACAUGUCCCCUGGCUGUGGACAGCUGGAUUCUUCCAGUUGGGCGUAUGUAUCCUCAUUUAUCGUGCGAUGGACACCCUGGCGGCUACUUUCUGUGGUUUCACGGCCGUGUUGAAAUUUGCAGAAGGUUACUGUGCUUUAUUGUCGGUUUACUCCAUUCAGCCCGUCUCGCCUGUGCCCUUCCCCGCCGUCUUCUCUGUGCUUUUCUUCAUCCUGGCUCUGUUCAGCUGUCAGAAAAGCUUGCUGGAUGGGCUCUACCAAUUCUUCUUUGCAGCCUAUUGUAUUUCAAUUGCAGCUCAGCCUCAAGGUUUCGUCCAAGGAGGCACUCAGGGUGUUCAGGCAGCGAUAUUUGUAGCUUCAGCUGGCAUGCUUUUAAUUACCACAUUUAACAUGGUCUCCAAUAAGAUGAUUCCCACAGGGAGGAAUUAUUUUCAAGCUUUUGUAGCGAGGAUGCAGUGCCUUUCGCUAAGAGCAAACGAUACAGUGCUGCAUGCACCGCAUUUGGGCUACUCUAAAUAUGCAGAUGCCGAGGUGUUGGGCCACGCUUGCAGUGUGCUGGCAGCUUUUGCUACCACGGCCACAGUCGGGGACAGAAAUCCUUUGACUGUGCUGGUUCUGCCGUGGGUGGUGAUGGCUGGCGGGGCGCUGCAGCUGCUGUGUGGUUCGGUAGCCUUCGCGAGGGGUAAAACCUUCGAGAGUACAGUUUUUAUUCUCUACGGGAACAUGUGGACGGUGUGGGGGCUGACGCGAUACGGCGGCCUGUACGGUGAAACCAGAGGCUUCAAUAUAGCCGUCGGGAUCAUUAGCUUCAUGCUGUUUAACUGUUUGGUGACAGCUGCAGCACUGUUUGUCAACGUGGCGUGGUUUGCCUACUCGCUCUCCUUCCAGCUCAUCCUCAUUAGCUUCAUGCUGGAUGCCGUCGGUGCGCUGCCGUAUGGCUACGACAUCGGGGCCACCGUCAUCUUUGGCCUUGUCAGUUUUUAUUGCUUCCUGGCAAAUAUAUUCAACAGCACGUUCCAGACGCCACACAUCCCCCUGGGGAAACCUCUCGCCAGGCUGAGUGGGGUUGGGGGAGGGGCGGGUAUCUGUCCGCAUGUGCCAGCUCGUAGCUCAAGAUCGGUCCAACAAAUUUCCGAAAUUAUGAAAAAUGGAGGCAUAUGUGGAAUGCCUACUGAUACGGUCUAUGUGCUGGUGGCAGCCUGCAACAGGCCAGAUGCAGUUAUCAAAGCAUACAAGGUGAAAAAGCAGGCGGAGGACCGACCCAUGUCCCUGUGGAUCUCCUCGAUCAAGCAGUUAGAGCCAGUGAGACACCUGCUGAGCCCUCUGCUCCUGGACUUCAUGGAGGCUGCAUGGCCGUCUUCUAUCAGCAUGGUUGUACCCAGAGGACCAUGGAUGGAAACCUUUGGUUUGGGAGACGCUGCCAAAUACAUAGGGACCCCACAAAGCAUUGCAAUCAGAAACCCAGACUGUUCUGUGGCCACGCAUCUCAUUAAUCUAGUUGGGCCCAUCGCAGUAACAUCAGCCAACCCUACAGGCGAAGCAGACACAACUCACCAUAACCAGGUUUAUGCCAAACUGGGAGAAAAGGUGGAUGGAGUGUUAUGUGAUGGACCCUCUCCAGAGAACAUUGCGUCAACUGUGGUUGACUGUACCAAGAUAGAAAGCGGACAUAUUGGUUUCUUCAGAGUGGGCCUCAUUCCUAAAUCUAAGGUUCUUGAGAUCUUUGAGGAGGUUCAGAAGCGGCACAGUCAAGGGCGUAUCAACCAUGGGUUUGAAUAUGAUUUAUUUCUACCAGACAUGGGGAAUGACAGAACCUCAGGAGAGGACAAUACAGCAAGACUGUAA